AUGGAUGAGCCGCAGAACAGCUUGACGCGCAAGUUCACCGAGACGGAGUGGACAGCACUGAAGGAGCUACGUACGCUCCUUCCACUCAUAUUUGAAGAGUCCUUUCCCAAGAAUGAGAAUGCUCGACGUGAUCCUCUAACUGUCUGGGGUGUGACGCUGGAUCCCAACAGGCUGGAUGCGAAAACUAGCGUCGUGUUGAUGCACUUCCUGCGGGCGCAAACUAUGAAUGUCGAAGCCGCGAAGAAGAUGUUGCUUGAUACUCUGCGCUGGCGCGCCGAGUUCGAUCCUGCGAAAGCAGCGGAAGAGCCCUUUGAUGAGGCUGUCUUCGGGAAGGCAGGUCAUAUGUUUGGGCGGGAUCCAGAUGGCAGACCCAUCCAGUACAACAUCUACGGAGGGGAUGUGGACACUACUAAGGUCUUCGCGGAUUUGGACAAAUUCAUGAGAUGGCGCGUCGGUCUCAUGGAGAAGGGCUGCAUGGAGAUGGACUUUGAGAACGUUGAUCAAAUGAUCCAAGUCCAUGACUAUCUAGGCGUUGGCCUUUCCAGUCGGACGCCGGAAAGCAAGGCAGCGGCAGCUGAGGCGACUAGAAUCUUCCGUGAUUACUAUCCCGAAACCUUGUACAAGAAGUUCUUUGUCAACGUGCCGGCGUUCAUGACCUGGGUAUUCUGGCUGUUCAGGCCUAUGCUCUCAGCUCAGACUCUUGCGAAAAUGGAGGUCCUCGGUAUCAGUCCCAUCACGAUCGGUAAGGGUAUGCUGCCUUACAUCAAGGCAAGUGAGCUGCCGAAGCAAUACGGUGGUGAAGCAGAUCCCAACUGGUGA